GCCUGACCACGAAACUCCUUGUUUUCAUUGUGCAAUCAUGGAAUCUUUUAUCACGACGAGUCUCAUUAUAAUUCGGGCCUUUCUCGAAUAAACGUGCCAUAAACACGUAGAAAUAAAUUCCGUAAAUGAAUAAAUUAAUUAAAGAAACGAUAAACAACUCGUUGCUAUAUAAAUGCCAGUGCUAUUAAAUAGUUCAAUAGUUCUUUAUUUUUGCAUAAGUACCAUAUAAAUUAACCAAUAUUCAAAUUAUGCAGUGCAUUUCAUGUUUUAAUUAAAUAAUACACUAAUUUUUACAAAAACAAAAACCAUGCGGAUCUGCAAUGUCAUUGAGCGACCUGUCUUUAACCUUCUUAAUUUGGUCGUGUAAUGUCACGUAGAUUUUGUUUAGCUUUAUUUAAAUAGAUGUGGUCUCUUGAGCAGCUAGCAGUGAAACUGUUCGACGCUGGUGCAGUGCGUUUAGGCGACAUCGAGGCCAAGGAGGGCCGACGGACACCCAUCUAUUUCGACUUGAGGAUCAUAGUGUCACACCCUACCAUCAUGAUGGCGGUAGCAAUACAUCUCCAAAACCUGGCAGCCGAAAUAAAUCACGACAUCCUAUGCGGGGUGCCAUACGCCGCCCUCCCGAUCACCGCUGUCAUGGCCGUCAAUUCUGGAACACCCAUGAUCAUGAAAAGAAAGGAAACUAAACUCUACGCCACCAGGAAAAUCCUCGAAGGGAUCUUCCAACCGAAACAAAAAUGUCUCGUUAUAGAAGACGUAGUGACAUCUGGCGGCAGUUUACUAGAAACUGUAAGCACGCUACGCACCGAGGGCUUGAGCGUCACCGACGCCGUAGUGGUUCUCGACCGCGAACAAGGUGGCGCUGCUGUGCUGAACACGAAUGGCGUCACUGCUCACUCGCUUUUCACAAUGAGCGAGUUAGUGAAAAUUCUCAAAGACGCCGGGCGCAUAACAGAUGAAACUGUAGAAAUGGUGUCCGAUCAUAUAAAAGUAUGUCAGUUCGGUAUUGGCGAUAAUUUAGAAAUAGCUGAGCGCGUUUAGGCCAUUUAUCAUUAGUAAAUUCUCUAACAUACGAUACAACACAGCCGGCAGAUAUAAUGGCACGACUUCGUAUCGAUUUUCCUACAUCACCUAUAAGCACGUAGAUGUUCGUACGUGACAGAAUAUAUAAUACAUAUUAUUGUUUGUGAAUCAAGUUCAACAGCCGGCCUGUUAGUUUUGGAGGCGGACGGCUUUACUAUAUCGGGUGGGAGGAUGAAUAACUUGGGUGAAUCACACCGAUGCGAUGAGUAGGUCUAUCCGCGCCUAUUUCUAACUUUUAUCAAGCUUUAUAAGGAUUUCACAUUUAAAAGCUUUCAUAUGAAAUUUAUCUACUUAUAACAUUCAAAGUGUCUAGUCUAGCUACAUUUAAAUUAUACCUCUUGGCGGACUGGGCCCGGCGGCCAAAAAGUUUAAAAUAGUACAUUACGAUACAAGUGCGUAAAAAAGAAAGUUCGGAACGAGUGGCGAUAAAUUAAAACACGACCGAAGGGAGUGUUUUAAAUCGACACAAGUUACGAAUUUCCUUUUCGCUCGU